UUUUUUUUUUUUAGGUGCCUCUCUUCUAGCACAGCAUCAAAAUGACAUUGCCCCCCAGCCCCCUGGCCAUGGAGUAUGUCAAUGACUUUGACUUGAUGAAGUUUGAGGUAAAGCGGGAGCCCUCUGAGGGGCGAUCUGGCCUUCCUACAGCCUCACUGGGCUCAACACCCUACAGCUCAGUGCCUCCUUCCCCCACCCUCAGUGAUCCCGGCUUGGGGGGCAGCACUGAAGGGUCCCGGCCAGGCCUGGAGGAGCUGUACUGGCUGGCCACCCUGCAGCAGCAGCUGGGGGCUGGGGAGGCCUUGGGGCUGAGUCCUGAAGAGGCAGUGGAACUGCUGCAAGGUCAGAGCCCACUGCCUGCUGAGGAGCUCCAUGGCUUAUACCCAGGGAACCCAGAGGAGACAGGGACCCAGCAUGCUCAGCUGCUCGAGCGGUUUUCGGACGCGGCGCUGGUGUCGAUGUCCGUGCGGGAGCUGAACCGGCAGCUCCGGGGCUGCGGGCGCGACGAGGCGCUGCGCCUGAAGCAAAGGCGCCGCACGCUGAAGAACCGCGGGUACGCGCAGGCCUGUCGCUCCAAGCGGCUGCAGCAGCGGCGCGGGCUGGAGGCGGAGCGCGCGCGCCUAGCGGCCCAGCUGGACGCGCUGCGGGCCGAGGUGGCCCGCCUGGCCAGGGAGCGCGACCACUACAAGGCUCGCUGUGACCGGCUGGCUUCCGGAGGCCCCGGGCCCGGAGACCACCCCCACUUCUUCCUCUGA